ACCGCGACGACUUCCCAACUCUCCCUCCCCGUUUUCGUUUUUGGUUCGAGGUACCUGAACAGUUGUCAAACCUUGGGGCAUUUGGACUCGUUCAAACGUCAUCAAAGGGACUGUGACCUCAGCCCAAUAUUCCUGUUGCUCACAUCUUCCUCUUCUUCCAUCCCUUUGACUCUGUUCGACUCAUCUCUCAUUACUCGCCCAUCGCGAUUGUACUGCACACCCACACCCACAUACCUCUGUCAACAUGACCGUCUCAUCACCUACCACCCACACUCAUCACGACAACGGUCGAAAAGCAUCCUUCGGUCAAUCAGAAGCAGGCAAUGAGAAAAAGUUGAUUGUCGUCAGCAAUCGCCUGCCAGUGACCAUCAGCAAAGAUGCAGAGGGGGAGUACCAUUUCAAGAUGUCCUCGGGUGGGCUUGUAUCUGCCUUGUCGGGCUGCAAGAAGAGUAUGAAUUUUACAUGGAUUGGCUGGCCAGGGAAAGAUAUUCCCAUGGCAGACCGUGAUCAUGUCAACAAGCGACUAUUGGAAGAACAUCAAUGUUACCCUGUCUACCUUUCAGAUGACCUCUCGGACAGGCAUUACAACGGUUUCUCCAACUCUAUUCUCUGGCCAUUGUUCCACUAUCAUCCCGGCGAGAUGGAAUUUGACGCUGGGCAUUGGCUUGCAUACAGAGAAGCCAAUAUGCGAUUCGCAGAUGUCGUCGCUACCAUGGCUCAAGAAGGUGACAUCAUCUGGGUCCAAGACUAUCAUCUCAUGCUCCUCCCCAUGCUCUUGCGCUCUCUCUUGUCUGGUGAAGCCGCCCAGGGCGAAGCUGUCCGUCGAGAACUUGGAAGGGUCAAGCAAGGUGUCGAUGCGGAAAUUGUCAAGGAUGUCUUGGGGAUGCAGCCCGGAGUCGCUCCUGCAAACGAGGACUUCGAUUCCUUGGGGGACGUGGUGGAGGAGGGUUCACAAGAAAGCUUGACCAUGACUCCCACGUCGAGGAGGACGGCCAGUAACGGUGGACUGAAACGACCCUCUUUUGGACGGACCAUUUCCGUCUACCAGCAGCAGGAGAUGGCCGCGAGGAAGCGUGGAAAAGGAAAUAUCAAGAUUGGAUUCUUCCUACAUACCCCUUUCCCGUCCAGCGAAAUUUACAGAGUCCUGCCAGUCCGUCGAGAAAUCUUGAUGGGGGUUUUGCAAUGUGACCUGAUCGGAUUCCAUACCUACGACUACGCCCGUCACUUCUUAUCCUCCUGCACCCGCAUUCUCGGUCUCCACACGAUGCCGAAUGGAGUCGAAUUCGAAGGUCGAUACGCGCAGGUCGGCACCUAUCCGAUCGGUAUAGAUCCAUAUCAAUUCAGUGAUGGGCUUCGAAAGCCAGAGAUCCAACAACGAUUGGACUUCCUCCUAAAGCGAUUUGAGGGGAUGAAGGUGAUCAUUGGCGUCGACCGACUCGACUAUAUCAAGGGUCUGCCACAGAAAUUGCACGCGUUCGAAGUGUUCCUUGCGCAGCACCCCGAAUGGGUCGGCAAGUGCGUCCUCGUUCAACUGGCCAUUCCGUCACGUCAAGAUGUGGAAGAAUAUCAGAACCUGCGGGCAUGUGUCAACGAGCUGGUUGGACGGAUCAACGGUCGAUUUGGAACGGUCGAAUUCACGCCCAUUCACUAUAUGCACAAAUCGGUCCCUGUCAAUGAACUGACGGCGAUGUACGCGCUGGCAGACGCCUGCUUGGUGACGAGUACGAGAGAUGGAAUGAAUUUGGUCGCGUACGAAUAUAUAUCGUCCCAGAUUGACCGACAUGGAUCCAUGAUCCUUUCCGAAUUUGCCGGUGCCGCGCAGUCACUGAACGGAAGUCUUCUCAUCAACCCCUGGGAUGUGCAGUCUACAGCAGAUGCCAUUCACGUGGCGUUGACAUUGAGCGCGCAACAGAGGCACUCGAAUUGGAACAAGCUCUGGGCGUACGUUAGCAAGUAUACUUCUGAAGCCUGGGGAGUCAGCUUUAUGAACGAUCUCAACCGCCUGUCUGGACGCAGGCCCGCCGGCCCCAGCAUCCCUGGACGUAAACGCACUUCGAGUCGACGACCCAGUCAUUCGGCGAACGCUUCCGCGAUCAUGACAUGAGAGCUGUUUUGCACCGCGGCAUUCACACCCACCCUGUAUUAGUAGUAGUAAUGGGGUCUGAUAAUUUAGACCAAAAUUUAGAUGAUGACGAGAAAAUGAGAGUCCGCUACGGCUCAUACACGAGAGACGAUUGCCCUGUCUUGAUAUCUGGUAGCCUUCUUUU